GGUCCCGAAGGAUCCCUUUUUUUUUUCAAAUCUAAAAAAUCUAAAUUUUUCCUGACUGAGCCACUUUCUGCAUGAGCCACCCAUCGAUCGUUACUAAGAGCAGGUCUUAAACCCUCCACUGACCAUCCACACCUAGAACAAGCACCACAGCUUUCAACUUUUAGGAGCUGUACAUCUAUCAAGUACACAAACCGCCUACCAAGUGUCCACAUCCAGUUGUAGCACUUCAGCUUAUAUCACUUAGCUCCACGACAGACUUACCGAGUCCAACUCUCUAGUACUCUCGUACUUGUACUAUCUUGCGACCCAACGCACAUCACGAAGAAAAAUGCAGGCCCCAAAGCAGGAAUCCGUGAACAUGCGUGAUGGCACGCCUAUGGACACGGUUGCCCAAGCGACCGUCAAAGAAGCCGUCGCUUUGGAUAUUCCGAUCCAAUUUGGUACUUUAUAAUAUUAUAGUAUACAUAGCAGGUACAUUUGGAUUACUUGACUUUUUUUCGGUCUUUUGCUUUCAUUCUAGUUAGGUGUGCGCCACCGAUAAUAUAGUAUACAUAGCAGGUAUAGGUUGUUCUAGUGUUCGUUCUGGCGUAGGUGUUGGAAAAAUAGAGUGGAUUUAGCUGGAUGAUAAUGCUUGUUUCUCUCUCUCGUCUCUCUCUUUCUUGAUUCGUAAGAGGUAGCUGGUAGUGCUAGUUCUUGCGAAUCUUUGACACCUUCUACAACCUCUGCUGACAUCACUAAUACCACAACAGCUCAUUUCCAUUUCCAUUUACUAAGACGCCCACAACAUUUCCAUUUCCUCUUCCACCAACACUUCAGAAAUGGAAUCCCACUACAUGAAACCGCUGUGCACGAUGGAUCCUUCGAAGCUUCUAGUGUGCGAUUUCAAGGAAGGGUGCCAUAUGUCCGAUGACGAAGAUACCCGUGAUCAGUCUGCGGUGAAAGUGGAGGAUCUUGUGUACCACUGUGUUUUUUAGGUUCUUUUGAUCAAUCUUUAGUCAAAGUGGAGGAUCUUGUGUACCACUGUGUUUUUUAGGUUCUUUUGAUCAAUCUCUGGUCAAAGUGGAGGGUCUCGGUUACUACUUUUCCAAAGCUAAGUAGUACUUCUCCAUAAAUGAAAUACCUAGUUGCUUGUCUUUGUGAGCUUUGUUAGAAGUAGAAUUGACAAAUCUUCUACAUCAAAUCUUCUACAUCUUCCACAACUACUACUACUACUCCUCAGGCCGUGCUCCGCUUGCUGCUGCACGAUUUCUUCUCUGUAUUGUACUUUCCCGCAAUGCCUUGGCUGCACUUGCUCUGGUAUUUUUUAGAUGGUUUCAUAUUCAUUGCACUACCUUAAUCUGGCACAUUUGGAGUUUCUUUGUUCAUCUGGACUGUCGUGUUUCGUUUAGUUGUCCGUCUGCAACAUCAUGAUUUUUUUCUCCAUAGUUACAGUUUUCAUUCAGUCUCAUGCUGGAAGAUAUCCAUGUAUUCAUCGUCCUCCUUCUCACAACUUCUCUCACUAGGUACUGCGCUCUUCCUGCAGGGUCGUUGCUCGGCAUGCAAGCCCUUGGACUGCAAGGAUCAGAAUAAGCGAUGCUGCGCCGUCGUCGAAUCCCAGGAAUAUUGCGUCAUCCCAACUCGAUGCAUUGAUAACCUUAUGAAAGAGAAAAUGAGGAUUACCAUACCCCCAACUACUUACAACAGAAAUGAGAAGUUCUCUCUUUGAGAUCAACAUGCAUAUCAUGAGCACAGAUUAUAAGUGGACCAGAAGUUCGUCUUUGUUCCUGAACCUACUAGAACCUUGAUUGAAAGCUUUCUUGACGUCGUUAGAUUCUUCCCUCUAAGAAGAAGGUCCAAUGCUGCUGCGUCGAUUCCCGAUCCGCCUUGCCAUGCACGAACACGACCCCGUGCCUUGUCAACACGAUGGGACUUACCUUAUGGUACUAUUCAUUGUGUAUGUGAAUAUCACAAAUAUUGAAUGCUGAUCUUCAUAAAAGAUUUUUUUUGAAAUUUUUUUUUGAAAUUUCAGUGCGGACUUCGGUUGCAAAGUUGCGUGCUGCGCCAGCAUCGGCACUUUGAUCCCGCGAUUGAAGCAGUAAGGUACUUGUGCCAGUAUCGACAUUCCGGUGGAGACGACAGGUGUACCUGUAUCGCGGAGAUGAGGAGGAUGAGAAUACAUCCAGCAAGCCAAUGAUGAGGGUGAGACGGUGGAUGUGCAAAGCAAAAUGAGGGGGUGUGAAUACGAUAAACUAGUGUAGACGAUAGUAUCGUGUAGUUGUGUCUUUUCUCGGUUCGAUCUUCACGUGCAAGUUUUUCUUCUUACAUCACAGAUCUAGAUCUACCCAGUUAUUUUGUCUCUGCUAGAUUGAUGUUUCUUGCAGUAGAUUCCUGAAAAAGUAGAGUGAUGAUUUUUACCCAAACACAGAGUAGUUUGAUAUAAUGCAGUUUUUCGUUUUCCCCUAGUUUUUUACCGUGAGUGUGCGAGCGCUUUGCUAAUAUUCUGCUACAGUAUAAAUGCAAUUCUCUUCAUGUUUCCUUAUGAAUGAGAGAUAGAAGAUGAAAUGAUGAAGAGAAAAAUCAGUCAUUGAAGUGGUUAGUAGCUUGUUUUCCUGACAGUAGAAACUGGUAACACCGAGGUGAUGGUGAACGAUGAUUCAUCGUGGUAGGAAUAAAGACUGUUACUUUGUAACAGAGUUAAAAGGAGACAAGGGGUGGGUGUGAGUGUUAAAAGGCAACAAGUCUGGGGCGGGGGAAAGACGAUUCAGUCCGUCUCAAGAUGAAGAAUUGUGGUCAAAAUAUGCGACUUCCCUACCUGAUUGCACAGAAAUUGCUUCUGAGAACGAUCAGAUUCAGAGGAGUGCUUAAUUACAAAAGUUCUUCUAUCGGUUGCGAAGAACAAGAAGAGUG